AAUAUAAAAAAUAUUUUGACUUUGGUGUUAUCAGUGAACUAAAAUUGCUUAAAUUUAGUAUAGUUGUUGUUAAUGUUGUUGCGAGAUGUAUAAAUAACAAAUCAGUCGUGAGUUGAGUUGAGCGAAAGACCUUAUCAUGCAGAAAUUAUAUUCAUCGGAAUUAGUUGUGAUUAUUUUCAUUGUCUUAGUAGUUGGUAAGCAUGAUCAAAAGGUCAUUUGUUAUCACAACUAGAUUUUUUGUGAACAAUAUAUGGCGCACUGCUUCCAGCAUAAUUGAAGAUUAGCUACAUAAAAUUCAGUCAAGAUUAAGACACCAAGAUGGCACAUCGUUUUCUAUAUUUUUAUUGCACCUGUGCGUUUAUAUUGCAUUCGCAAGGGUGUGAUAUAUUACUUCAAGUGAAUUCUCAAACACCGGUAUUCAGCAACAAGCUUUGUGAUGAUGCCGUCAGCACUAUCAAAGAGCUGAACAACAAAUUAACCGAUUUGCAAAAUGAGUUGUUGACAAUAAGGAAACGUGAUAACGAAACAAACUCCAAAUGUCAGUACCUAAAGUUAAUAGAAUCUCACAAUGAAGGCUACAAAAUUAUACUAACAACGGCAAAGAAAUGUUCAACGUCCUGUGCUGAAGCGAUGCGUCAGCCAAAUGGCACAUAUGCAGCGAGCGGCGUUUAUGAACUUUACUUAGCUGAAUUCUUUUCCCACCCAUUCCAAGUAUAUUGCCUGCAAGAUCCCGAUGGUGGUGAACCAUGGGCUAUAAUUCAACGUCGACAAAGCAGAGAGACCGACUUCGACCGCGAUUGGAUUGAUUACGAACACGGAUUUGGUGAUUUGAACGCAAAUUUGUUUCUCGGCUUAGAUAAAAUACAUGCGCUGACACAAUCGCGACCACAUGAGCUGUAGAUUCACUUAGAAAACUUUAAGAAUGAGACAGGCUAUGCUAUGUAUGAUAGUUUCGCAAUUGGCAAUGCCGAUGAAGAGUAUCCGUUGAAUAAACUUGGAAAGUAUAAUGGCACAGCUGGAGAUUCUCUGAAAUAUCUACUUGGUCAAAAAUUCACAACUAGAGAUAGUGACAAUUACAACUACGAUCGGUUUAAUUGUGGAAAAUUUCUUUCAGGAGGUUGGUGGUAUAAUGAAUGUGGUUGGAGCAAUCUUAAUGGUCAGAAUUUGAGACAACCAAUAUGGAAAGUGUUAUCCCAUGGUAUAGUGUGGAGAACGUGGCAUGAUUUUCGCUAUCCUAUUAAACAUGUGCAUAUGGCAAUAAGGCCGCGUUCCUAAGUUAAUCUUUUAACCUCUUCUAAUCCGACGAUGCCUGAGACCAACUUCACCAGUUUGAUGAGCUGUGUUUUUAUAUUUUAACUUGAUUCGUGUGGCUACAAUUCUUUUUUCUUGUAACUGAAUUUAAUAGCAAAAUAAAAAUACAUUUUUGUUCGAAAAAUUUUAAAUAAUACUGAUUGGAAACUGAGUCUGUUUUUAGUGGUUUGUGUAUUAAGUGUGUAUUUUAUCAAUAUUACAAGUUGCUUGUGGACAACUUUGGUCCAUAGUGGUGAACAAUUUUUUUUUUCAGUUAUGUGCCCAAAAGAGAAAGUUGUUCUCAAAAUGAAAUUAUCAACAUUUU